CCGACGGCCAAUCGAGCCGCAACGAGGUCAAGGUGGCUCAAUAUACGGGAGCUCAAGACCAGAUUUCUGCCGAUAUGCCGGAGCUUGAGGACUUCGGAAGGCUUCUCGAGGAUACGAUCGCAGCCAACAAGCUGUCUUCGUCAAAGGUGACGAAGGUCCGUGACGAGGCUGUGUCGUGUAUGCAUGAGUCCAAGGGGCUGGCGCAGGCGAUCCUCGAUGCAAAUCUUCGAGCGUCCCACAAAACAAAAUUGUCGGCUCUGUACCUUCUCGAUGCCGUAGCUCGUCACGCUCAAGACAUUGCCAGGAAAGGGGCAAAAGGCGCUAGUGCAGAGGGGAUUGAUGUCAGCAAUGUCAAGCCUCCACGGGGAAGCCAGGCGACAGCGGGUACUUGGGAAGCCGCAAGAGACGCGGCAAAGAUGUUUUUGAAAGCUCUUGGUGAUGUUGUCGAGAGAAUCGCGGUCGACGCCGUGCAAUCGGUGCCUAGCGAGCAAAGGGAAAAGGCGCUCAAGGUCGUCGACAUUUGGAUCAAAGCAGAUACAUUUGACGUCCAUAUGCUUCGAGACAUCAAGGCGACGGUGAAAAGGCGACAAGAAGCGGGAAGCAGGCCACAAGAAGAUCACAGUGAAGUCAACUCGAUGCCAAGCCCGUACGGAAUGAUGGUCAUGGAGGACAGGGAGGGAGGGGGCGAAAAUGCCAAUGGCAGCACAGCCAACGCGCCCCCAGGCCUACCGUCAAAUGUUCUCGCACUCCUCGGUGGCGCUAGCAAGAAGCCUGCUGGGGGCUCGCCCUCGUCUGCACAUCAGAGCGCCGCUGCAGUCGCCGCUGCUUCUGCGUCCUCAUCGACUCCUUCUUUCGACCCCAAACAGCUUGCGAUGCUGCAACAAUUAGCUGGUCAGACGCCUCCGUCAACCUCAGCCGCCCCAGCGCCCCGGCAGCCGGGACCACCACCAACACUCCCCGGGCGACCUCCUGUACGACCUCCGGCUAUAGCGGGUCCUUCGACCGAAAGUUAUCGACGAUCACCACCUUCUCAAAUGUAUAGUAAUCCACCUCCUGCGCGACGAGAAGGCCAAUGGCAACGAGCAGACAGUGGUCAAGCGCAGAGGAGAAGCAUGUCUCCGAGGCGAGGUCCGAAUCAGGGUGCAGGGUUUGAAGAGCAGGAAACAAAUGAAAGUGUGAGCGGUAAUCGAUGGGGAGAGAGGCAACAACAACAACAGCAACGGCCGGCGCCAGUCACAACGGCAGACUUGAGCCAAUUUGACCCUACAACGUUCGACCCGACUGAUGCGAAAGCCUGGACAACAUUUGCGCAGAUGUGGAACAAUACAUACGGUUACAUGCCGUCAAAUCAAGAGCUGCUGAUGUGGAUGAUGAUGUCCGGCAUGCAGAUGGGCGGUAUGAUGGGAUCAGGGCCAGGAUCAGGGGCGCCUGCGUCGUCGUACGAUGGCUCAAGCUUCGACGCGGGCUUCCAGCACCAACAAAGCCACAACCAGAAGCACAACCAAGGGUACGGCGAGCAAGGGCAAAGCUACGGGCAGUGGUGAUGCUGCCUCGCUCCAUGCGCUUCUCACAGCUAUUGCCGAUCAGUCAUUGUCUAUUAAUAUUCAUGCGAUUACGCCGCCGGACUGAAACCAAUUGCAAAG